CUUGGACUGUGGCCCCUCGUCACGCUCAUCUUUUUCGAAGUUAGCGGUGGGCCUUUUGGAACUGAGGACGCCGUGUCGGCCGCCGGCCCCCUGCUGACCAUACUGGGGUUCCUGGUGUUCCCCGUGCUGUGGAGCGUCCCGGAAGCACUCAUCACCGCAGAGCUGGCCACCGCCUUCCCGGAAAACAGCGGCUACGUGGCCUGGGUGACCGCCGCCUUCGGUCCGUUUUGGGGCUUCCAAGAGGGUUUGUGGAGCUGGAUGUCCGGGGUCACCGACAACUCCCUCUACCCGGUCAUGUUGGCCGCCAACUUGGAGGUCUUCUUCCCGCAGCUGGCACAUGGCUGGCCCAAAUAUGUGUUCCUGGUGGGCAUGUCCUUGCUGCUAUCUGGUCUCAACUUCCGGGGCCUUACGGUGGUGGGCAACGCCGUCAUUACCUCCACGCUAGCCAUCCUGGUGCCCUUUGCGCUGCUGUGCGUGCUGUGCCUACCCCAGAUCCAGCUAUCGAACUACACCCGCGUGGACCUGGACAAGGUGGACUGGUCCACCUUCCUCAACGUCAUGUUCUGGAACCUGAACUACUGGGACUCCGUGUCCACUCUGGCCGGUGAGGUCCGCGACCCCGGCCGCACCUUCCCCCGGGCCCUGCUGCUGGCGGUGGUGCUGGUUGUGGCCAUGUACCUGCUGCCCACCAUGGCGGCGCUGGGGGUGCCCUUGCUGGCGGAUGGGGGCGGCUGGAAGCUGGGGUACUACGGACCCGUGGCCAAGCAGGUGGGCGGUCCCUGGCUUGCCGCCUGGAUUAUAGUGGCGGCUGCCUGCAGCCAGGUGGGGCAGUACCAGGCGGAGAUGGCGUCGGACUCCUAUCAGGUUCAAGGAAUGGCGGAACGUGGUUUCCUGCCGCGGGCGCUGGGCCGCCGAUCACGGUACGGCACGCCCGUGUACGGCAUCGUGCUGAGCUCGCUGGGCGUCUUGUGCCUGGCCUGGAAGACAUUUACCGAGAUCGUGACGAUGCUGAACGCCAUUUACUGCCUCGCGGAGCUGCUGGAGUUUGCGGCGUUCGUCUGGCUGCGAAUCAAGCGACCCGACCUGCCGCGGCCAUACAGGGUCCCGCUGCCCACCUGGGGCCUGGUGGUGAUGCUGCUGCCCGCCUCCGCCCUGCUGGUUGUGGUGCUGGCCAUG